AUGAUCGACUGUCUAGAUGUGAUCAAAGUCCAAGGCUUUGUCACCCCAGGACAGCACAUCACUGGCUACACUAUCGAGACGUAUCAUGGUAUGACCCUUUCGAGCUUGCUUUCGUACUGCUACGGAGCAAUUAUGGUGCAAAAUGACGGCUCGUCUUCUGUUACAACUAAGUCCGAGGCAAUCAAUGACCAACUAGUUGAGCGCCUGUCCUUCUCUUGGCUCUCACCAAGCCACAUACCUCGAAAGCGUCUAGCGCUCGUUGGAGCCGGUUCCUUGGCUAAGGUACAAGGCUACUUGUUGGCGGCUGCCUCACUGAAUAUAGCAAUGGUCGUGUUUGAUGAUUCUGGUCACUGGCUGUCUGAUGACGCAUAUAGCCAUCUCCGCGAAGGAUUCGUGCCGCUGGAAAUGACUGUAACAAUGGGAAUGGCCGACCGCAUUGUAGCGGCGUUAAAGGGAUACCAAAAUGGCACGGAAGAGAAACGGAUUGAUGGCAUCCUAAGUGUCGACGAGCACCUUCAUACCAUCAUAGCGCACGCAGCCACAGAGCUGGGCUUCAAUACCUCGCCUCCAGAGUCUGUAGGGUUGGCCCAAAACAAAUUCAAAACACGACAGCUUGAUACAAACGUCUUCUGCCGACUCGUUCGAUCUCCCGAAGAUGUAGAGAGGAUGCUCUCCGAGGAUGGACUGCAGAUUUCCUAUCCUCUUAUCGUCAAACCUUCCAAGGGCUGGUCCUCUGAGGGUGUCUGGAAGGUUGGCAACGAGCAGGAACUGCGAGAAAAGGUACCUUUGCUAUGGCGGCAGUCUUUUACCGCCUGGCACGGCGAUGAAGUUGUCAUUGAGACGUACGUUGAGGGCCCCGAAGUUGACGCAAAUAUGGUCCUUGUUGAUGGCAAGGUUGUCUUCUUCGAGGUCAAUGACGACUUUCCCAGUGCUGGAGACUACGAGAACAACGAAAGCGGUGCCCGCGUACAAAACUUCGUUGAGACGUCAAACAUGCUACCAUCAUCUCUUCCUCCACAUGAGCUUCAGUCGGUUCAGCAAAGAUUGCAUGAGCUUGCCUUGGCUGCUGGUUUCCAAAAUGCCAUGUUGCAUAUCGAGGCCAAAUUGCGCAACUCAAGCUGCCACUAUGCCAAGAUGGAUUCUGACACGGACGGACUUGUCGACCUGCAGCCCAAAACACCGUCUACCACAACAACGCAGCCAAAGGACGUCUUCCUUAUUGAAAUUAAUCCCCGUGCACCAGGCUGGCAAGAAGUUGAAGCUACUGCACGUACAUACGGUGUAUCCUACUACAGUAUCUCCCUUUUGAACGCCUUGGCCGAUAAAGAGCGCAUUGUGUCCUUGUCCAAACCUUUCCUGAGCGGGCCCCAAUACCACAUGCAGCUGCUGUUUGUCUCAGCUCAGAAGGGAGGUGUCUACAGAUUUGGCGAUAUUUGCGCAACAGUGUUGCGAUCAGAUCCGCAAGUCGUCGGUCAAGAAGAGCAGGUUGGUUCCCACGUUGUUAGAUGUGCCAAUCUCAUGGAGGACGGUGAGGAAGUUCUUGACCCUAGUACAGGGCAAGUAUAUGGCAACUUUAUUGCCUUCUUCCUCAUUAUUUCGCGCAAGUGCCGCCAUGAAGCGAUGCGCAUUGGCCGUGAAAUCGAGCGUCGGGUUAGGGAGCACACGGAUGGUUUCUAA